UACUGCCCGCCGGAGACGUCCGUGCUGCUCUCCUCGUACGCCGUGCAGGCCAAGUACGGUGACUACAACAAGGAGGUGCACGACGCGGGCUUCCUCUCCGGUGACAAGCUGCUUCCACAGCGGGUAUUUGACCAGCACAAGUUGUCACGGGAACAGUGGGAGGAGAGGAUCACUAACUGGUACAUCGAGCACAAGGGCAUGCCCAGGGAGGAUGCCAUGAUGGAAUACUUGAAGAUCGCUCAAGAUCUUGAGAUGUAUGGAGUCAAUUACUUUGACAUUAAGAACAAGAAAGGCACUGAGCUCUACCUGGGAGUCGACGCGCUCGGAUUAAAUAUCUACGAGAAAGACGACAAGAUGAAUCCCAAGAUUGGCUUCCCCUGGAGUGAGAUCAGGAACAUCUCUUUUCACGACAAGAAAUUCUGCAUCAAACCCAUUGACAAGAAAGCACCCGACUUCAUCUUCUACGCGCCGCGUCUGCGUGUAAACAAGAGAAUCCUCGCGCUGUGCAUGGGCAACCACGAACUGUACCUACGCAGACGCAAGCCUGACACCAUCGAGGUGCAGCAGAUGAAGGCACAGGCAAAGGAGGAGAGAUCCGCCAAGGAGCAGGAGAGGUAG